AUGUCCGUGUUCGCCUCGACUGCCCGCGGUGCGGCCCAUGUCAGCCGCAUUCAGGGUCUCUACCGCCAGAUUCUCCGCCUCGAGCGCGACUAUGCUCGCGACGUCUUCCAGUGGUCCGAGCGCGCUGUCCUCGUCCGCAGCGAGUUCGAGGCCAACCGCCACCUCGAGCACGCCUACGAGAUCGAGGCCGCCAUCAAGAAGGCCGAGGAGUACCUCGUCAACAAUGCCCACCCCGACCCCUACAAGUGCCCCACCGCCCCGGGCGGCACCAAGUGGGACCGCAAUGCCCCGCCUCCCAUGCACGUCACUCCCCUGCUCUAA